AUGGACCUUCCACCCCCCGCCGUCGACCAAGCCUUCUGCAACGUAUCAGUCCUCGAGGCUGGCUUUGUAACGUUGCCGCUGGCCUGGAUCUUGGACGGCAUCGCAGACGCCGUCCGCGUUCGCCUUCCGGCCCUAUCCUUUCUGGUUCGCAACUCGGCGAACGCAGACAACUUCGUCUUCGAUCUUGGCAUUCGCAAGGACUGGGAGAAACUCCCACCUGUCCUCAUCGAACAACUCCAGAAGGUCAUGCGUUUCGACGUCGAUGUCCCAAUUGACGCCGUUGCCGCUCUCGCCUUGGGCGGCGUGACCCCUGGCGAAGUCACCCAUAUCCUUCUCUCCCACCUCCAUAUGGACCACACCGGCGACACGUCCCUGUUCUCGAACGCCCAGGUCUUCGCCGGAGCUGCCGUCCAGCCCAUCGUUGAUAACGGCUACCCGGGCAACCCCGAAGGGCUCGUCACGAGCGACGUCGUCCCCGCGGGCCGCACGACGUACCUCGACCCGGUCUCCUGGCCCGCGCUCGGGCCGUUCCCGCACGCUUUCGACUUCUACGGCAACGGCAGCAUGUACAUCGUCGAUGCCGGGAACGGUCACAUGCCCGGCCACCUCAACCUUCUCGCACGUACGUCUGCCGACGGCGCGUGGGUCUACCUCGCUGGGGAUACCGUGCACGACUGGCGGAUCAUCAACGGGGAAGGCAAGAUGGGCCACCACAGCGUGUUCGGAUGCGCGCACAUGAACGAGGCGGAAGCGGAGGCGCACAUCGAGCGCGUCCGGGUACUGAUGAAGGAGAACCCACGGGUACAGGUGUUGCUUGCACACGACGUGCCCUGGUACGAGAAAAAUGUGGGUGGGCCGGCGUACUUCCCUGGGAAGCUCGAACCGUUGUAG